UGCCAGACUAGCCUCUCUCUUUGGUCUGGAUCAAACAGUCUCAAGCCAGGGGAAUGAAUUCUUCCAGUACACGGCGCCGAAGCAGCCCAAGAAGGGUCAGACAGCAGCUGCAGGUCCAGCAGCCCAGAAGGCUCCUGCAGCCCCAGCAGCUUCAGGAGCCCCUUCGGUGUUGGUGGCCACUGCGGUUCAUGCCUAUCGAUAUACAAAUGGGCAGUACUUGAAGCAAGGGAAGUAUGGAGCAGCUGUAGUGGGGAACCAUGCUACUAAAGAGUACAGGAUCCUCCUCUACAUCAGUCAGCAGCAACAGAUUGCAGCUGCCAGGAUCCACCCAGGCUUCGUUCUGACGGUUCAACCCAACAAUUACAGUACGUUCUAUGAUGAUCAGAGACAAAACUGGUCCAUCAUGUUUGAGUCAGAAAAGGCAGCAAUGGAUUUCAGUAAACAGGUAUGCAUUGCCAAAUACAACAGCUCCCCGGGGCUCGACUCAGUCCUCUGCCAGGACCUCCUGCUGGGAGAAGGGCAGGGAGUAGAAGGAGGAGACUCUCUGGAAAUUGCCUAUACAGGUUGGCUGUUCCAGAACAAUGGGCUUGGACAGGUGUUUGAUUCAAAUGUGAACAAAGACAAGCUGUUGAGGCUAAAGCUGGGAUCUGGAAAGGUCAUCAAGGGCUGGGAAGAAGGAAUGGUGGGGAUGAAGAAAGGAGGGAGAAGGUGUCUCAUCAUUCCCCCAGCAUGGGCCUAUGGGGCUCAGGGGGUGCCUGGCCGUGUCCCCCCAGACUCCACUCUGGUCUUUGAGGUGGAAGUCAGGAGGGUGAAGUUGGUAAAGGAGGGCUCUGGUUCAGAUGGACAGAGCAUCAGCUCAAGGGAUUCUCCUGCACCUUCUCCAGUACCCAGUUCAGAUGGCCUUUCUGCAGACACUGGUUUAUUACCUCCAUCUACAAUACCUCCAAAGCCUGGGGAGCCGGCUGUCCGGGCCAAGUCAAACUCCAUCAGUGAGCAGCUAGCAAAUCCAGAUGUAGCAAAGGCCAAGCUGAUUUCUCGGAUGGCUAAAAUGGGACAGCCCAUGCUGCCUUUCCUUGCUGGGACAGCAGGCAGUCAGCUGGACUCCAGUGACUCAGAAAUAGAGGAUCCAAAUACCCUGAGAGGAACAGCACAACCAGUGGCUUCAUCUUCCAUGAGACCAUCACAGCCAGCUCACACUGUGCUGCCCACAGUGUCCACACAAGUACCUCAAGCAUCUGGUUCCACACCCACAGUGUCUUCUGCUGCAUUAAUACCUGCAGCUAUCCAGCCCCAUUCAGCUCUGCCUGGAGGAGCACAGGCCUUUCAGGCAUAUCCAGGGAUGGCAUUUCCUUACCCCCAGACUCCUGCAUCUGCUUCUCAGCUCCAGCCUGUAGCACAGAUGUAUCCUGCACCUUACCAAGCCCCUGGGGAUGUUACCUCCUUUUUGAUGGCAGAAGCUCGGCAGCAUAACACUGAAAUCCGAAUGGCUGUUAGCAAAGUAGUGGAUAAAAUGGAUCAUCUGGCUGCCAAGGUGGAGGAGUUACAGAAACAAAGCACUGGUAACAGCUCCCUACUGCCUGGUAUCUCCUCUGUCACCAUGGAAGCCUCCAUGAUCAUGAGCAAUAUCCAACGCAUCAUCCAGGAGAAUGAGAGGCUGAAGCAAGAGAUAUUUGAGAAGAGCAGUCGGAUUGAGGAGCAGAAUGAGAAGAUCAGUGAGUUGAUUGAGCGGAAUCAGAGGUACGUGGAGCAAAGUAACUUGCUGAUGGAGCAGAGGAACCAUUCACUGCAGACAACCAAUGAGAACACCCAGGCGAGAGUGCUGCAUGCAGAGCAGGAGAAGGCCAAAGUUGCAGAGGAGCUGGCAGGUGCCACGGCACAGGUUUCCCAGCUGCAGCUGGAGCUGGCUGCCCAGCAGAAGAAGGAGAUGGAGCUGAGGAGGCAGCUCUCUGCUGCACUGCAGGGGGCUGAGCAGCACGAGGCACAGCUCAGCAAGCUGCAGGCACAGCUAGCAGAGCUCCAAGAAGCUUCUGAGGACACUCAAACCAGAUUCAAAGCUGAGAAGCAGAGCCGCAAACAGCUGGACUUGAGGAUGACAGCCCUGGAAGAAGAACUUGCAGACCUUAAGGUGGAAAAGGAGACUCUUGAAAGGAAUCUUGCAGAGAGGAAGAAGAAAUCCCUCUCAGAGAGAGCUCAGGCAGAGGAGGAGAUGGAGGAGAUACGCAGAUCCUAUCAGCAGGAGCUGGACAAGCUGAGACAGCUGCUGAAAAAGGCACGGACUUCAACAGACCAGGCAGCAGCAGAGCAGCUGUCACUCCUCCAGGCAGAGCUGGAAUCCCAGUGGGAGGCCCGAUGUGAGCGGGCGCUGGCCGCGGCCAAGGAGCAGCACAUCAGGCAGCACCAGGAGGUGUGUGAGCAGAGAGAUGCCCUGCAGCAGCAGGUGGCACAGCUGGAAGAGAAGCUUGCUGCUCUGAAACAGUCAAAAAAAGCAGAGGAGCAGAAGUUGUCUGAGUUCCAGCAACGUUUGGAGCAACUAGAGCCUGUUGCAGAGAAGUGUGCAGCCCUGCAGUCUGAGCUGGUGGUGCUGAAGGCUCGCUACGAGGGACGCACCCGGGACCUGGAGAAGGAGCAGGAUGGAUCUUCACCUGCAGACUUCACAGAAGAAGUAAAGAAGAUAAUGAAUGGUGUAUUUCAGUCCCUUCGGGGUGAAUUUGAGCUGGAGGAGAUGUACAGUGGCAGGACAGUCCUGGGUGUGGUCAUGAACACGAUUAAGACUGUAACACUGCAGCUGCUCAACAGGCAGCAGGAGAAACCAGAUCUUGACAGUAAAAAGGAGGAACCUGGAAGAGGAACAGAGAGACAGGAGGCAUCACCUAGAGCAAAGACUGACCCUGAAGAGUCCGUGCAGCGUAGCCCAGCACAGGGUGUUGUGCUUCCAGCUGAUCCUGGGGAAGCAGCCCCGGGCUCCAUGGUGUCUGACCAAGAUGGAGACUCUGCUCCUCUGUCUGCCAGGCCCAGAACUCCUGAGGAGCAGCAGGUGACACAGAGCAGUGGGGUGUCAGAAGAGGAGAAGGUCCAGGGAGAACAUCUGUCUUCCACAGCCCAGCCCUGCCUGGAUCCUGGGCUUGCAGGACAGCCUGUUCCAGACCUGUGUGAGGACUUUGUCCCAGCUGAGCAAAGGCAGGAGAGCAGUCCCAUCAGGGAAGCUGAGACUGAGCACAGUCCCUCCAGAGCAUCUUUGCAAGCAGAAUUUUCAGAACCUUCUGUUCUAGAAGCCAAGGCAGGAGCAGCAGAUGUGAGAGUGCCUCCAGAACAGCCAGCUGUGGAGCAGAAGGCAGAGGAGCCUGUGGGAGAUUUGGAGCCCCCUCCCUUUAAUGGUGAGGGAGGGAACUGCACAGACCCGUUGGACAGAGCCAGCUCCAAGGACCCUGCCUCAGGAUCCAGCACAGCAGAGCCAAGCUCAGCUAUUGGCAGAGAAGCACCCACACAGCAGGAACUGGGCUCCAGCCCCAGGCACAAAGAUUCCAGCCCCUUUGAGGAUGACAACUUCUUUGAAGCAGCAUCUCGCAAACCACUGAAGCCUCAAGUUCCCUCUGAAGAGGAGGAUGAUGAGGAGGUGAGCUUGAAGGGGCGUCCCCCUCCAGGUCUCCUCUUUGAUGAUGAUGAUGAUGAUCUGGACUGGCUGGGAUGA